GCGGUGUGGGCCCGCACGGGCAGACAGCGGCCGGACCGGAACACGCAGUCCCGCGACAUAACAGACAGCGAACCGCGCCUCCGCGGCCGCCGUGCGGGCCCCGGCCGGGUCUCUCCGGGUUCUGCUCGUACCGGGUUCGAACCCCGCCGCUGACAAGAGAACCGCGAGCAAACAUGGCUGUGGACGGCACGUUUAAAGGGACCGCGCCAGCUCCACGCGCCUUUGUGUCCCACGGUUCUCCAGGUGCUCCAAACCGUACCGAGCUGCUCUCAGGGGGGGAGAGGGAGGUUCGACUCAAAGCCCCAAAGCUGCCAGGUUAGAGGUCCUUCCUGUGGAGCACAGCUGGGGGGAGGACGGGGCGGCGCAGGGUCCCAGCCGGCUCCGGUUCUGACCCGGUCUCUACUAUUAACAUGAACGGUCUGUGGUCUCCACGGAAAGUUUCAGUGAGAUUAAAACAACUUCAGUUUCCUCCCGAGGGUCUCCAACCCUGUUCCUCACGAGCUGCUGUGAUCAGCGGGACACACCUGAUGCAGAAUGGCAGUGUGAAGUGAUGAAACCGGCCCGCUGCUUUGCCGCCGCACAGAGGACGACCCCAUGAACCACAGGAUGAGGCUGGAUGAGAACAAAGUGCCCCCAGCUAAAGGGAAAGGCGGUCGCUACCAACCAGCCUCAGAGUAUGACGAUGCCACUCUGGCCCAGAAAAGAGAGUACUGGAGGAACAAAAAGCGGGAGCAAAGGGCGCGGCUGGCAAAGCAGAGAGGAAAGGUGGGUCAGGACGGCGGAGACCGAAAACCACAGCUCUCCUGCACACCUGAAGGGCUGUCAGCCUCCUCUGCUGCCUCGUCCUCUCCUUACCUGAGAAAUGAUGUAUCAGAGUGUAGAAAUACAAUUCCAAAUGAGGCUGCUGACUCCCAAAAGGAGGAGUGGCUUCAAAAAACUGAAGUCAACAAGGUCUUCCUUUCCGUCCUGGCUGAAGCAGCCGACAAGGCCCCCGCGAGACACUCGGCAACAAGAGUUGUCAAAGUGGUUCCCUCAGCUUUGUCGAGUGGAUCCCAGAGGAACACCGGUCCAUCAGUGCCUACGGUCAGAGUGAUGCGGGUCAACAACGGAGCUCCUCCACCGCCGCGUGGAUCGCUGCAGGACAGACCUGCACCCCAAACCCCGUGUAAGCCAGAGGCUGCUUUAGCGGUUCAGGUCACGCACAGCACAGGUUCCAGGAUCUCCUGUGAGGAAUCAGAGGGCAAAGCGACACAUCCAACAGCCAAACCUGGAGCAACCCCACAGAAGCCCCCCACGCUGUCUGAGGAGGAGAAAGCAGCCAAGCGCAGGGAGCAGUGGAGGAUCAAAAAACGGGAGCAGAGGGCCAAAACGGCAGCACGGAUAGCCGAGCAAAGACAGCGGACACCGAGCAGAGAACUGACUGUUCAGAGAGAGAAAGCAAGACUCUCACAGAGAUCAGGCCUUCACACUGCUCUGUGUCCCACCCUGAAGUCCUUCUCCUCUGCUAGAGAUGAAAGACUGCAAAGUUCUGCAAUAGCCAACACGCAAAAAAGUCCCAAAAAAGAGCCUUACACAUGUGGAGAUAAAACUGCACAGAAAAAACCAGCAGAUACACAGAGAAAACCUCAGAGUCCCAUCUAUUAUUCCAACGUUACCAGAGGGAUCUUGCGCUGUAAAACACCCAGACAACGCUGCAUUGAAGUCCAGAAGAAUCUGAACAAUCAGAGAAACCUGCGAUGCAAAAGUCAGUCAGCAGCUUCAGCGUUCGUGACCAAAAACAUUCCCAGGAUUGACCCCAGGGACACACCCGAGACCGUGAUCGCCAAGCGCAGAGAGUACUGGAGGGUGAAGAAGCGUGAACAGCGAGCCAAACUGACAAUGGAGAUGAAAACACGACUGAGAGAGAAGGACUCACUCGUGAGGAGAGUCAAACGUUACCAGGAAAUCCUCCACGAGAUGAGAAAGGCGCGAGCGGUGUCAGCAAGUCCAGCGGCGCAGGCCUCCGAGGCCAUCGGAGGGUUCAUCAGAGAGGAUGGAACGCUGGCCGUGAACAUUCCUCAGAGCCCUAAAUGUCACCACACAGCGGGACAGCGAAGGGAGGAAGAGCACCACAAAGUUUCCAGGAAUUCCCCCAUCAUCCCUCAGCGGAAACACAGAAGCUUUGCUCCCACCAGGACGCACCAGCCCACUCCUCCUCUUCGCCCGUCCUGUCCGGCUCUGCAGUCCGUCCGCAGCUCUCCCAGAUCCCUCUCAGCCAAGACCACCACCGCUCAGCUGAAACUCUGUGCUCCUCUGGCCUCCAGAGACCCAGCGUCUGGAUCAAACCUCGGCAGGUGUGUGAUGAGAGUAGACGUCACACGGAGGUUCUCCUCACGGCUCUCCUCUGACUCAGGAGUGUCAGAGGAGAUGAAGGUGGCCAGAAAGAGGGAGUAUUGGAGGACAAAGAAACGAGAGCAGCGAGCGGCUCUGGCUGCCCGGCUGAAGCUGGGGCUCAGUGCUGCCCUGAAGAGGAGGAAGGCUCAGAGGCAGGAACCAGCAGGCCCCACCCAGCUGUGUCGAGUUCUCGCCGACUGCACAAGAGACGGACUCCCUCUCUACAGCGACACUGUGCCCACUGCCCCUCAGGCAGAUGACAUCAAACUGGAGGGAGAGUCUGUGCAGGCAGCUGACCCAGAUCCUCAGCUAGAGCAAGCCAUCUGCCCGGAUCGAAAGCCUCCAGCCUCCCCGCUUGCACCUCCAGAAGGCCGGCAGGAAGCGGAUCCGUGUCAGGCUGCAGACAGCCAGGCUGCUACUCUGCUGGCUGUGGCCUCCAUGAAGAAACUCCUGGAGGAGUCCCUCAGCUCCGUCAGCAGCUGCACAGACAUCAAAGUAGAGACGGUAGAGGACGUUUUUGAGCAGGACACAGCAGUCUGUCCUCCAACGUCUGAUGUUCAGAGGGACUCCAUAAGUCCCAUCACUGCUGAUGUGGCCAUGCUCUUGAAACACUGGCAGCCAGACGACGAGAAGAAACCAAACCUUCAUCUUCAGAGGUCAUCACCGAUGAAUGAGGCGGGCCUUUUCCUUCCGGUCUCCACGGAUGUGAUCAGUUCCGCUCCCACAUACUCGGCCCAGAGUCCUUCAGACUUCACUGGAAGCUUUGGAGCCUCAAAUGACCGGAUACUUCCAUGUCCAGCUCAGGGACUUAGCAGCAGAACCAGAGGCCGAGACACCUACUGUUCCACAGAACCACCAAAACUCCAUCACAUCACACGGGAAUGCUCGGACCAACGACCAGAGGAUGACACGCCGCAUCACACGACAGAAAAGUGGCGAGGAGCAACAUUUCCAGCCUCACAAAGUCCCAGCAGGGCUGGGAUGGAGCAGGCUGGCUCCAGCAGCCUCCAGAGGAAGAGAGAAUACUGGAAGCUGAUGAAGAGACAACAGAGAGCCAGACUGAAGGAGAGACGGGGAGAGGCCGGCCGCUCACUGCUCCUGACCGGAAGCAUUCAGAUCAACCAAAUCCUGCAGUCCAACCUGCCAGCCUCUUCAGGGGGUGAAGGUCCAAGUGUCCCUCCUCUCCGGCUUGUUGGUCAAUUAACAAGCAACACUCAGAAGCCCAUUAGCGAGCUUCACCUCAAACUUCCUGCCGCCUGCAGGCUGGAGAAAACCACCACACAAAACACUAGCACCUUUACAAGAGUUUCGGGAGCUCAGCAAUAUUCCCAAAAGUGGAUUCCCAGAACCAAUGAAGUGACGUGUGCUCCCUCCCUUCCAACCCUGAGACCUCCAGAUAACCCUCUGUCAAAACUCAACCUGCAGCUCUACGAGUCCCCCGCCCAAAGCGCAACGUCCAUCCCCGUUGCUGGUGCUCAUCCUCAGGUUCCUAACAAUCUGGGGGAGUCUUCCAUACUUCCUCCUAAACUCAUUCCUGGGGAGUCUGAGAAGGACUUCCUGAAGAGAAAGAGAGAGUACUGGAGAGUCAAAAAGAAGGAGCAGAGGGCCAAAAAAGCCAUUCAGAAAAAAGGGCCGAGUCCGAGGAUAGGCCCCAGCAGCUGGAGCCCCACCCUCCACCCCCAGGACCUGCAGCUACAAGCUGGACCUGCUCAGGGCUCUGGUCAGUGGGGAAUCUCCUCAGAAGAUCUUGAUGGUUUAAAAAGCAUGUCAGUGGACAGCCAUCUGGGACGAUGUUCAGCACCAAUAAAAGAUGAGUCAGAGGCUCUGUAUCCUGACGCUGAGGAGGACGGCGCUCUGUCAGCCACCGUGUGGAGGAGCCACUACCUCAUGGACUACGAUCCGCUCAACCAGCUGCUGGUCUGCAUGGUGUGUGGGGAGCUGCAGUACUCUCACAGCCUGGAAGGGGUGAGGGCCCACAUCGAUGAGGCGCACCCGCACUCCAUGACCUUAGAGCCCCAAGAGAAGCAGCAAAUCCUGGAGGCCUGGGACGAGCAGGUGUCCCAGCGGGAGCGCUUCUUCAGCAGGCAGCUGCAGCAGAACAGCAGCGAUCUGGCAGGUAUCCCGUCAAAGACUCUGUGGAGAGAAUGAUCACAUCCACACAUGCCUUCUGACAUGCUUCACCUUCUCUGACAUGUUGUGCAGAAACCCUAAGGAACUGAGAACCGUUCCUCCUUUCAAGCAUUUCUUUGUUCUGUAUACUUUUUACAAAUCAGCGUGCUCACUUUACACAUUAAAAGAAAGAUGGGGAAGUUAGGCCCCCAAAAGCAUUUACCUCAGUUUUAAAGAAGUUGUCAUUAUUCUUCUAACAUUUGUCAUAUUCCUAUAAGCAUUUAUUUAAGUGGAUCGUUUGCAUCCCACUCCUGACGAGACAAAAUCCUAGUGAAGUCCGUCUGAAUGCCUUGUGAGGGUUCCUCUGAUGUUCUCCCGGGACUGUUUGUGUUUUUGAGCAUCAGGCUCGUUUUAUGUGUCUGGAACAGUUUCACUCAUCUGACCAGCUGGACUGCACUCAACCCUGAGCGGGACAUUCCUCUCUGCAUUCUCUGACUUGAUAAUCACCUUCUGGAGCUCAUCAGACAUGGAAGAAAGAAAGAACACAUCGGUUUGUUCACACUAGACCAGGGGUCACAACCUUUACCAGUAAAAGAGACAUUUGGACUCUUUUCUUCUGAUCAGAACUAGAAGGAGCCGCAUAGCAUCUGUCAAAAUGUCUUUUUUUUUUGUUUGACAGAAGCUCAAAUAACUUAUUUUCUAAAUAAGACUGUUCCAAACAGGAUCAUCUCAGUGCAGCUCUGGACAGCUAGUAACCAAGCUGCACGUUUCAAACGCCACGUUCAUUUAAAUAAACACUUUAAAGGUUCGUUGAGAAGUGAAAUAAGAUUCAAAGAGCCUUGAAACUUGAAGAAACCUCAGACUGUGCAGGUGAUCCGUCAUCAGACGUCAGGGCUUAUCACACCAUACACACCUGCUGGGAUGAGGACGGGAAGCUGAUCCAGAGGAUGCUGUUACUAUGGUAACUAUGUAAAGUUGACUGAUGCCAGUAAACUAUUUCAAUCAAGUUUCAGUCACCUUCAGAAAUCCAUUUCUUCCUUCAUGUCCAAUCACUAUGAACUCCCUUUUGAAGAGGUUACAAGGGAGUUUUUACAUUUUCAUGGUUUCAAAAUGUACCAAAUUGAUUAACUUCCAACAGAUGCAUCAUUCCUGUUGAUAGUUUCCUCAGUACUACAGAUUCACCAGCUCGGAGGAUUAAUAAUGGAUUGAAUCCACAUCUCUAAAUGCUGGAGAUGGUUGUGUGAGCACAAAGCUGUGGAGAAAAACCCUCAAUGCAUGUUUGGAGCUCAAGCUGGAAGCCGACGAGCUGCCUCCUCUUCUAAGAAUGUUACUCUACUGGACGUCCUGUUUACCAGUUCAGACCGAUCUCAAAAUGCCUUGUCUGGAAUAAAAAACACUUUUUA